AUGGGCAACUUCUCAGAAGACGGGAAAGGACAGCUACACAGCGUGGGCACAGGAAACCUUGAAAGCAAGGGACUGCAUAUUUUUAACCUGACUUCUUUAACCAAAUCUGAAAACAUUUUAUCUGCCGCACUAUAUUUCUAUAUUGGAGAGCUGAUUAACAUCAGCCUGAGUUGUCCAGGAUCAAGAAGAUGCUCACAUCAUGCUCAGAGGAAACAUAUUCAGAUCGAUAUCACUGCAUGGAUCCUCAAAUCCAACAGAGACCAAAGUCAACUCCUGGGUCAUCUUUCGGCAGACGUGGGCAGACCUCAUCGAGAUCUUGUGUCUUGGCUGUCUAAAGACAUCACUCAACUCUUGAAGAAGGCUAAGGAAAGUGAGGAGUUCCUCUUAGGAUUUAAUAUAACCUCCAAAGGACACCAGCUGCCAAAGGAGAUGUUAUCCUUUCCUGACCCUUAUAUCUUGGUAUAUGCCAACGAUGCUGCCAUUUCUGAGCCGGAGAGUGUGGUAUCAAGCUUACAAGGUCACCGAAAUUUUCCCACUGGAGCUGUGCCCAAAUUGGAUAGCCAUAUUAGGGCUGCCCUUUCUAUGAAACAGAGGAAGAAGCGUUCUACUGGGGUCCUGCUCCCUUUGCAGAACAAUGAGCUUCCUGGAGCAGAAUAUCAGUAUAAGGAGGAUGGGGUAUGGGAGGAGAGAAAGCCAUACAAGACCCUUCAGACUCAGCCCCCUGAGAAGAGUAAGAACAAGAAGAAACAGAGAAAGGGACCUCACCAGAAGAGCCAGACGCUCCAGUUUGAUGAACAGACGCUGAAGAAGGCAAGAAGAAAGCAAUGGAUUGAACCUCGAAAUUGUGCCAGGCGAUACCUUAAGGUGGACUUUGCGGAUAUUGGCUGGAGUGAAUGGAUUAUCUCCCCCAAGUCCUUUGAUGCCUAUUAUUGCUCGGGAGCAUGCCAAUUCCCCAUGCCAAAGUCUUUGAAGCCUUCAAACCAUGCUACCAUCCAGAGCAUAGUGAGAGCUGUGGGGGUCGUUCCUGGAAUACCUGAGCCUUGCUGUGUACCAGAAAAGAUGUCCUCGCUCAGUAUCUUAUUCUUUGAUGAAAAUAAGAAUGUGGUACUUAAAGUAUAUCCUAACAUGACAGUAGAGUCUUGUGCUUGCAGAUAACCUGGCAAAGAACUCAUUUGAAUGCUUAAUUCAAUCAGUUUAUUUUUAUGGACUUUUUUUUUUUUUGCACUGCCAACUCAUUUUAUUCUAAAGGAUUUAUUAAUAGUCAAAGGAGAAUGAGCAAACAGACUGGCAAUUUCUACCAAGGAGAACUGGACUGUGUUUGUUUCUGAAUGUAACUAAAAGCAAAAAUUUAGUAAAUAUGGACAUCUAUUUCUUAUUUUUUAACCACAUGAGGAAAAUGAUAAUUCAAACUGUUUUUAGAAAUGCUAGAGAACAUGGUGAUUUAUUUUUGUAAUGGGCUUUGAAACUAGAUUGGAAAAACAAUGAUAGCUUAUCAUUUAUCUCUAAUCAUAGAGAAUAAAAUAAUUUCGUAUUUUGAA